CGACCUGUUGGAUGCCGCAGUCGACUUGAAACAUCAUGGUGUUCAACUUCAAAGUUUUCAAGAAGUGCUCUCCCAACGGCAAAAUCACCGUCUACCUCGGAAAGAGGGAUUUCGUCGAUCACGUCAGUGGUGUCGAACCGAUAGAUGGUGUUGUGCUACUCGACUCAGAAUAUCUAAACGGUAGGAAGGUUUACGGCCAGGUUGUGUGCUCCUUCCGUUAUGGACGCGAGGAGGAUGAGGUUAUGGGCCUCAACUUCCAAAAAGAUCUGUUUUUCGCCAACGAACAGAUCUACCCGGCAACGAAGAAGGAUGAAAACCUGACCAAGCUGCAGGAACGACUGAUCAAGAAGCUGGGCUCCAACGCCUUCCCCUUCACCUUCCAGCUGCCGACCACUGCUCCAGGGUCGAUCACCCUGCAGCCCGGCGCCGAAGAUGCCGGCCAGCCUUGCGGAGUCAACUACUACGUUAAGAUUUUCACUGGAGAAAGCGACACUGACCGCAGCCACAAGAGGAGCACCGUGGCUCUUGGCAUCCGAAAAAUCCAGUACGCGCCAUCCAAGAUGGGCCGUCAGCCGUGCACUGUGGUGCGCAAAGACUUUAUGCUGAGCCCUGGAGAGCUCGAACUAGAGGUCACGCUGGAUAAGCAGCUGUAUCACCAUGACGAGAAGAUCGCCGUCAACAUCUGCAUCCGCAACCACAGCAACAAGCUGGUCAAGAAGAUUAAGGCCAUGGUCCAGCAGGGAGUCGACAUUUCCGUCUUCCAGAACGGACAGUUCCGCUCCACUGUUGCUGAAAUGGAAACAGCUGAGGGCUGUCCCGUGCAGCCUGGAUCGUCCCUGUCCAAGGUGAUCUACCUGAAGCCGACCCUGAGCUCCAACAAGGACCGCCGCGGCAUCGCCCUAGACGGCCAGCUGAAGCAUGAGUCCACCAACUUGGCUUCGACCACCCUGCUUCCUUCACAGGACACCGAUGCGUUCGGCAUUGUCGUCUCCUACACUGUCAAGGUCAAGCUGUAUCUUGGAGCCCUGAGCGGAGAACUAGCUGCUGAGCUGCCGUUCGUUCUCAUGCACCCAAAGCCCACUGGCAAAUCCGUGUGUCGUGCUGACAGCACUGCCGACGUAGAAACUUUCCACCAAGAGUCGGUCGACUGCCCAGAGACCAUUCCAGAGUAAAGGAAACCACAAAAAAAUCGAAAACCGGCUGUUGUUGCUGCUGCUGCCCCUGCUGCCCUGUGUAUUCCGAUAACUCAACCAAUAUGCAAACUUGAGCAGAAUAUUCUUCUAUAACUAAUUGUGUCACUCGUGGAUUGGAGAGGUUGUAAUAAAAUCGUUGCAACGAA